UUUCCGCUGAAGCUGGGUUUAAUAAUAUCUGUCUUUUAUUCAGCCGCAACAACGAGUCUAAAUCCUAGAGAUUCUAAAGAAUAGCUUAACUUUAAGGAAAUAGAUUAGUUGACACACAGACCUAGCAUGGCCUACCCACUGUAUCCAAGUUCUGUGCCAAGAACUGCUGAUGAAUUUCUCUCAAAAGUGGAACUCUUCAUUGAAUGCAAGAACCUGCUAAACCGUGAUGUCAUGUCUAAAUCUGACCCCUGUGCUGUUUUGUACAUGUCCAGGAAAGGUGGUCAGAUGGAUGAGAUUGGGAGAACAGAAAAUGUCAAAAACUGUUUGGACCCCAGAUUUUCAACAUCCAUCAAAGUGAAUUAUUAUUUUGAAGAAGUGCAAAAGAUAAAAAUUGCCAUCUAUGAUGUGGACAACAAAACUUACACCCUCUCUGAUGAUGAUUUUCUGGGCCAGGUAGAAUGCACUUUAGGGCAGCUUGUGUCUAAUAGCCCAUACAUGAAGCCUCUGUUGUUGAAAGAUGGUGCAAAAGCUGGAAUGGGAAUGAUCACUGUGAGAGCAGAUGAGGUUAAGGAAGGGGGAGAGGUGGCACAGAUUAUGUUUAAGGCAAAGAAGCUGGACAACAAGGAUUUCAUGGGAAAGUCGGAUCCAUACUUAGAAAUUCAGAAACCAACUGUUGAUGGUGGCUGGCAGGUUAUUCAUCGCACUGAGGUGGUGAAGAAUAACCUCAACCCUUCAUGGCGACCAAUCAGCAUACCUGUUCACAGCCUGUGUGGGGGCAACAAGCAGCAGCAGAUCAAGAUUGAUUGUUAUGACUGGGACAGUGAUGGGUCCAAUGACUACAUAGGUGGCUUUACAACUACACUGGAAGAAAUGAUGAAAUCUUCUGCUGGGGAGAUUUCGUUCCCUUGCAUCAAUCCGAGCAAAAAAGCCAAGAAGAAAUCUUACACCAACUCAGGUGUCAUUUUUGUUACAUCUUGUCAGAUAGUGAAAGAGCAUACAUUUUUGGAAUUUAUUUUUGGUGGAAUGCAAAUAAACUUCACUGUAGGAAUUGACUUCACAGCUUCCAAUGGCAAUCCCUCACAGUCUACCUCUCUUCAUUACAUUAACCCUUAUGCUCCAAAUGAAUACAUGUCAGCAAUAAGAGCAGUUGGUGAUGUCUGCCAAGAUUAUGACACAGACAAACUUUUCCCUGCCCUGGGAUUUGGGGCCAUUAUUCCACCAGCUACACAAGUUUCACAUGAAUUUGCUAUAAACUUCAAUGCCCAGAAUCCUUUCUGUGCUGGAAUUGAUGGUGUACUGGCUGCCUACACCAACUGUAUCCAGUAUGUUCAGCUCUAUGGUCCAACCAUUGUCUCACCAAUCAUCAACCAUGUUGCCAAAUUUGCCAGCGCAGCCCAGAUGGAGGAACACAACAAGGGGGCCCAUGCCUAUUAUGUACUGCUCCUUCUGACUGACGGUGUGCUGAGUGACAUGGGUGACACAAGGAAUGCCAUUGUACAGGCCAGCAAACUGCCAAUGUCUCUCAUCGUUGUUGGUGUAGGUGCUGCAGAUUUCACUGACAUGAAUGAGCUGGAUGGGGACAACGGUGUCCUGAAGUCUCCCUCGGGGGAACCUGCCAAAAGGGACAUUGUUCAGUUUGUGCCUUUCAGAGAGUUUAAACAGAGUACUCCAGCUGAACUGGCACGCCAUGUGCUGGCAGAGGUACCUAAGCAAGUAACUGCCUACUACAAGAUGCGAGGACUCAAACCCAACCAACCCCGCCAGACACCUGUCAUACCACCGGUUACACAAUAAGUAUUCAAGUACGGUAUUUUCUGGCAUACUCCCCCUAAAACUUUUCCCAUUAAAAUAUUGUAUUUGGGAUAUACUUGCCCUAUAAUACCUGGCACAUAGAUGCUUUCCUUCCCCCAACUUUUGAAAAGAAUUUCUUGUAUUAAAAUUCAUUGUAUAUGCCAGAAAAUACAGAAAAUAAUUGCACCAAAAAAAUUGUGGUACCACAUUUUCAGUAUAAGCUAGUUUAAGAAAGUUGUGUUAGAGCUGUCUAAUUUUUGUGUGUCUAAAACUCAUGUGAUAAUGUUACCUGUUGUAUAUACAUUUGAUUAUUAGACCGUGAAUAUUUGUCUUUAACUUGUGACCAAUAGAUAUUAUCCAUUUCCAUCAACUUAAUUUUUUUUUGCACAUAAACAUUAUUUCCUUUCUAUCUUUCUCUUACUAGAAAUCACUUUCUAGUUUAUUAGCAAUAGUUGUUCUCUUAAGAAAGGUUUUUAUACAAAGCAAGUUUAACAAUUCUAGAACACACUGUAUGCAAUUUUGAUUUGUAAUUGUGAUAAAUUUUUUAUGGUGAAAAUAUUUUAAUUGAUGUGUUACAGACAAUGACUGGUUUUUUUUAAAAUAAAUUUUGUGAUUUCCUUUAAUUAUUAACUUAAUUGAACUUAAUUAUAAUAAAUCUCUGUGGUAAUCAGUUUUUUUUACAUAACUGAAUGAUUUUUAUAAAUAAAUAUCUUUAGCAUGAAAGAUUUUAAGUUUGAUUUCUUUGAAUUUUACAUUAGAUAUUCAUUUUUCAAGCUGACAGUCCUUAUUUAUUAAUCAAAACAUGAUAAUAUUAUACACAUACACACCAAUUCUGUUAGCCACUUUAGAAAAAGAAAUAUGCAAUACAAACAACUAUAGUCAGCAAAUUAAAUUUAUUUCCUAAAGGAGUUUGUUUAGGAACAGUUAUAUACAGUAAAAUUCUCUUCAACUGAUGGGAGGCACACAUGUUAACAUUAAUUGUUUUAUUACACUUUAAACAAUGUAUCACCAUUAGUUGUACUGUAAUAUAGAUUUUUUUGUAAUGUUUUGUUGUUAUAUUACGUUGUCAAAAAAACUUAUUGUACUUCAGUUAUCUGCUGUUGUAGAGGGUUGCUUGGGGAAUAGAUUAACCAUCAUUUUUGUGCUACAUCAAGUGUAAGGUGCUGUCACCUUCAUUUAUUGCUUUAGUCCUCAUUUAUAUUUUGUUGCUAUUUAUUAUUUUAUUAUCUGUAUUGAUUAUUUUGAUACAAGUAGCUUUUUUAUUUUUGUAAACAUAUAUUUGAUUUUAGCUGUAAAUUUUUGUUUUUGAUUGUCUUACAUAAUUUUUGUUUAUCUGAAAUUGUUGUGACCAACCAGUUCAGACCAGUUAAAGUUUUACUUAACAUUUCUUGCUCAGGUGUACAAUGUUUAAAAGGCUCAAUGUAAUCAAUUAAUUUAAAAUGUGAGCAUUGGUUUAUGAAUUUUAUGUAAGGCAGUUUUCCUAAACUUGUUAGUGACAUUUUCAGAUACAGUUUUAUUUUUAAUUAUAAAUAAACUAUAACUUCCAGGUGUAGUUUAUUGGCUUUAAUUUAAUAAAAUACUUAUCUUCAUGUAGUAUUUAGCUCUUGCUCGUACUUAUUUAUUAUAAACCAGUUUUUGAGAACUUUUUAAGUUUUUCGAUUUUUCUAAAACUGGUUUAGCCCAAAUCACUUCCUAAGUUAUAUUGAAUUUUCUCUUUGCAUUUUUGUCACUAACAGGUUUGGGAAAACAACUCUUCAGUUGUUUUUUUUACAGUUGUGAUUUCUAACUUUUGAAAAAUAAGUCACUUUACAUUCCUUUAAUUACUCAUGUAGUAGUUUCUUUACCAUUUCAGCUGAUGCAUUGUUGGUAUAUACCACGGGCUAGUCAGUCAAUUGACAAUCUGUGACCUGACAAUGUUGUUUUUUAAUUUACUAAAUAUAAUGCAUAUAACAAAAAAUACAUACUGUUUAUUUGAUACAUUUUUUAAAGAUGUUUUCUUCUACUAAACUAAGUCUCUGUAGUGGUAGUUAUGUUUUAUUUCCUCAUUCAUAACAGCUCUAUUUUAGACCAUCUCUUGCUGGAUAUUAGCAACAAAAAAAGUUUUUUCAUAUAUUUUUUGAUAGAAUCUUUAAACCAUUUUCUUAUUCAAUACUGUAGAGCAUUUUGUUACUCUUAAACUUCUACUUAAAGAACUUACUAGUAAAUCUACUUUUUUUAAGGUCAGUAGUUUAUUUUUAUCUUUCUUGUACCUUUGUAUGUUGCUAGCUUUCAUAAUGUAAUUUAUUUUGCUUUUUAAAGAAAUUGAUUAGUAACUGAAUGUACACAUGUUUUUGGUGUUUUCAUUCUGUUCAUUAGUUCAACUUUUUAAUAUCACGACAAAUUUAGAUAUUUUCUUUAAAAACCCUAGUAGUAUAGAGGAUCUGCUACAUAAUCACUUUGCCAACUUAAUUUUGCAAACUAUUUACAAUUAUUUGUAUCUUUCGCAAAUACAGCUGUCAUGUUGAAAUGUGUAACCUCUUGCCAUUUUAGAGAUUUUUCCAUAUAUUUCUUAUAUAUUUUUAUACCUUUUGCUGUACUAAGUUUAAAAAAAAAAUUUAAAAAACACAGAAACAAAUACUGUCAAAGCAAUCUACUAAUGUAGUACUAUAGUACUAUUUUUGUAGAUAAAAUAAUUAUUUGCUUCAAACAUAAGUAUAAUUAUUGGUACCUUAGCCUGAAUUUUAAAAAUAUAUUAAUUUAAUUUAAAAUGUCACAUUUUUCUUUUUUUACAAAAAAUAAAUUUUAGUCCACUAUCAAAUAACAUUUGCAAAUUUAUUGUUCAUAAAACACCCUACAAAAUAUGCAAUCUUUUAAAAAAGACAGUACUUUCAUAAACCUGUCUAAGAAUGUGGUCCCUUAAUUCAGCUGCUAUAAACACACUAAACCUGUAACAUUGUGGAUAUGAUUCAACUGCUAUAACAUUAACAUGUUACCUUAUACGUUGUUCUGUUGUUUCAAGGUAUUAUGUAUCCAGUUUUUGCUAAAUGGUCAUGUGCUAUAUUCAUAUAUAUAUAUAUAGAUAGAUAGUUAGGUAUUUUUCUUAAAGUAGUAUCUCUUUAAUGCUGGUUACCUUUAAAGCAUAUUUUUUUUCAUUUUCUCUUUUUAUAUAUUACUCUUUAAAAUGUUUCCAACAUGUUUUACAAAUAAAUAAAAUGCAAUGUAAUAAACCUGAUGCAUAUUUCUCUGUUGUUGAAAUCCAAUCACCAGUAAAGUUCAGCACUUGAAAUAAUGGCUUCCAGCUGGUUUAUUUGGUUCCACUAGCUAAAGGUGUUCAGCAAAAGCAACCAUGGACCAGAUUUAUUUUUAAUCUCAAUUCUAGGUGGUUAUCUCCCCUUCCAGAUCUGCUCUCAUAUCAGUGUUACAGUUGAGCACUUUUUUAUCAUUCACCUCAAACUUGCUGUUUAUCUUUUUCUAUAAAUAUAUUAACAUUAUUUAUAGCUAUUUUCAUAUACAUUCAUACAAUGCUUUUUUGUCUAUAGAGUAAAUAAAUAUUGAUUUUAAAUACG